CAGGUGACUCUCGCGGAGUGGCACGUGCUGAUCUGACGAACUUUGAAAGUUCUAGAUAUUGUUCUCAGUAAGAUCAGAAGACUCGCGACCAGAACCGGAAGCAGGGCCAGAGACAGAGUCAUGUCCCGGACAGAAGAGGGCGAGGAAACUGACUGCGUAUGUUCGGUCGGGAUGAAGUUCUCCUGGGACAUCAACGACCCCAAACUGCCGCAGGACCUGAAACAGUUUGACCCCUUCCAGGAAUGGACAGAUGGUUAUGUUCGCUACAUCUACAGUGCUGAAGAUAAAAAUGCUCAACGACAUUUGUCUGGCUGGGCCAUGAGGAACACCAACAACCACAACUGUCAGAUCCUGAAGAAGUCUUGUCUGGGUGUAGUAGUCUGUUCUCGGGGGUGCUCGCUGCCAGACGGAUCCAGGCUGCAGCUCCGACCUGCCAUAUGUGACAAGGCCCGGCAGAAACAGCAAAAAAAGCUGUGCCCGAGCUGCAGCGCUGGUUUGGAGCUGCUGCCAUGUCGAGGUCACAGUGGCUAUCCUGUCACCAACUUCUGGAGAGUGGACGGAAAAGCCAUCUUCUUCCAGGCUAAAGGGGUCCAUGAUCACCCAAGACCAGAAUCUAAAUCUGAAACUGAAGCCAGACGAAGUUCAGUAAAGAGACGAGUGAACUCACCUCCAUUCACGCCCAAACGAAGACUUAUUGACCCUCAGGCUCUGGGGCCUGCCCUCCUCUGUGUGGAGCCGCCAGAGAGAAUCUCCUUCAUUGAGCCCAACUUCCCACAGCAUUAUCCAGCAUUCCAAAGUCCAGAGCCCUACUACAGUCCCCACAAUCCACUGGGUGAACCCCCGCCUUCCCUGCAGAAACCAGCUAACACCAAGCUUUUCAUGAGUAGGCCUGGUUACGAAUUCCCAGGAUACCUGACCUCACCAUCAUACCCCAUGACCUCUGACCUCUGUGACCCCAGGGUGGGGCCGGUGUUGGGUUCCUCCUCGACCUCCUCUUCAUCUUCAGCUCCUCUAUCCUCCUCCUCUUUUGAGCCCCAGACAAAGCCCCCUCCAGCUUGGAAGGAGCUGCUGAAGAGCACUGCCCCAUAUGGGGACAACCACCAUUACUACAGCACGGAGUACCCCUGCCGUUACCCUAGCAACACCCCAGGAUCACCCACACCGCUGCAGACAAUAAUCACUACAACAACCAAGGUGUCCUACCAGCCGUGCCCAAAGCCCCCAGGUGCCCUUCCCCAAUACCAGUCGUGUCCUAAACCUGCAGCUGGACUCCAAUCUUACCAGCCCUGCACCCCCUCCAAACAGCCGGGCCUCUCUGGCUGCUCCUCUCUGCUGGACGACACUUCCUCUUCCUCAUAUUCCACUGAGGUGAAAGUGACAGAGGAGUCUGGGGGGGUCAUCAAGUCUCUGUCAUUUCCCCCUGAGCCCCUGCAGACCAAAACGGAGCGUGCUGACAGCUACGACUACCACUACACCUACCCCAACACGUACCGCUACAAUGACUACUAAUGCGUUUGAUGUCAUGGUAACUGCUCAUUCCGUUGGUCAGGGGCAACAGAGGAUUUCUGACCUGAUCCGCCCCGCCUGGGGGCCACAGCAUGAGUUUUAGACUUUGUUCAGAAGCCUCCAUCUGGAUGGUAUAAACCCGGAACACAAGAUGACAAUUCCCCUCUGAAGACUCAGUGUUCAGCUCAUGGGAUUCUUGGAGCUUCAAAAUACACCCCCUGACCUUCCUCUGGACUGGGUUGGUCCCGGAGUAGAGCCAGGAUCCAGCAGAGAUUGAAGAGAGCAGUUGCUGCUUUGUUUUUGACUGAACUACUCCACACACCGAAGGCUUACUGGAAAGUGCAGAUAAAAUCAGAGAAUCAAACCAAACCAGAACCACAAGUGAACUGUGAGCCAACUUCACGGACCGAUUCGGUUCAAAACCUGCAGACAAGAGGCGGUUUUAUCCAUCAGUUUGGAGGGAAUGUGGAGAAUCUAUAUUUAACUAUCACUCAAAUGUAACCUUCAGAAAUGACUACCAUAAUAAUAAACAUAAUUUAUAAAACUCAUU